GAGAAUCGGAACUGUAUGUACAGAAGCUGCCUCACCAGAGACCAAGUCCCUGAGGACGGGCAGCAAAGAAAAGGCUCCUUCCAGCUCUCCUGGUCAUUCAGCCUCACCGUUUUCAUCUGCUGUCUCCACUGCCCGUCCUCCUGGUGGUUGGGCCUCUGGUAUGUGCACUUGUGCACAAUGAACUGUGAACUUCUAGCCACGUGUAGUGCCCUUGGGUACUUGGAAGGGGACACUUACCACAAGGAGCCAGAUUGCUUAGAGAGCGUGAAGGACCUGAUCCGCUACUUGCGGCAUGAGGAUGAGACGAGAGACGUGCGGCAGCAGUUGGGAGCUGCACAGAUCCUGCAGAGUGACCUCCUGCCCAUCCUCACCCAGCACCGCCAGGACAAGCCUCUCUUCGAUGCUGUUAUCAGGCUGAUGGUGAAUCUGACCCAACCAGCCUUACUCUGUUUUGGCGGCGUGCCUAAGGACCCUGGUGUGCGGCACCAUUUCCUGCAGGUUCUAACUCACCUGCAGGCCUACAAAGAGGCAUUUGCCAGUGAGAAGACUUUCGGAGUCCUCAGUGAAACCUUGUAUGAGCUGCUGCAGCUGGGCUGGGAGGACAGGCAGGAAGAAGAUAACUUGCUGAUUGAACGGAUCUUGCUGCUGGUCAGAAAUAUUCUGCAUGUCCCAGCUGACCUUGAGCAGGAGAAGAGGAUUGACGAUGAUGCCAGCAUCCAUGACCGGCUGCUUUGGGCAAUUCAUCUCAGUGGCAUGGACGACUUGCUCCUCUUUCUGUCCAGCUCAUCUGCUGAGCAGCAGUGGAGUCUCCAUGUGUUGGAAAUUGUUUCCCUUAUGUUCCGAGACCAGAACCCUGAACAGCUAGCAGGAGUAGGGCAGGGACGCUUGGCUCAGGAGCGAAGCACAGACAUGGCAGAGCUGGAGGUGCUACGCCAGCGGGAGAUGGCGGAGAAGAGAACUCGCGCCCUCCAAAGAGGCAACAGGCACUCUCGAUUUGGGGGCUCCUACAUUGUCCAGGGGUUGAAGUCCAUUGGGGAGAGGGAUGUCAUUUUUCACAAAGGCCUUCACAAUCUCCGAAACUACAGUUCAGAUCUGGGGAAGCAGCCCCGGAGGGUGCCGAAGAGUCGCCAGGCUGCCCAGGAGCUGUCCGUUCACCGCCGCUCCGCCCUCAACGUGAGGCUCUUCCUCAGGGACUUCUGCUCCGAGUUCCUGGAGAACUGUUACAACCCACUCAUGGGUGCAGUCAAGGACCACCUGCUUCGGGAGAGAGCCCAACAGCACGAUGAGACGUACUACAUGUGGGCUUUGGCCUUCUUUAUGGCCUUCAACCGAGCUGCCUCCUUCCGCCCUGGCUUUGUCUCUGAGACCCUGAGUGUCCGUACCUUCCACUUCGUGGAGCAGAACCUCACCAACUACUAUGAGAUGAUGCUGACUGACCGCAAGGAGGCCGCCUCCUGGGCACGCCGGAUGCACCUAGCUCUAAAAGCCUACCAGGAGCUGCUGGCCACAGUAAAUGAGAUGGACAUUUGCCCAGAUGAAGCUGUGAGAGAGAGCAGUCGCAUCAUCAAAAACAACAUUUUCUAUAUGAUGGAGUACCGAGAACUCUUCCUGGCACUCUUUCGAAAGUUCGAUGAGAGAUACCACCCACGUUCAUUCCUUCGUGACCUGGUGGAAACCACCCACCUCUUCCUCAAGAUGUUGGAGCGGUUUUGUCGGAGCCGUGGGAACCUGAUGGUGCAGAACAAAAGAAAAAAGAGAAAGAAGAAGAAGAAGAAGGUUCAGGACCAAAGUGUUGCUUCUGAUCAUGUCUCACACAGCCCUGGUGAGCUGGAGGCCCUGUGGCCAGCCCUGGAAGAACAGCUGCUGCGGUGUGCCCAGGAUCCUGAGCUCAGUACAGACUCCAUCAUUCCCUUUGAUGCGGCCUCAGAGGUACCAGUGGAAGAGCAGAGGGUAGAAGCCAUGGUGAGGAUUCAAGACUGCCUUCUGGAUGGCCAGGCCCCACAAGCCCUGGCCCUCCUGCGGUCUGCCCGGGAGGUGUGGCCUGAAGGAAACGUGUUUGGCUCUCCAGUCACUUCUCCAGGGGAAGAAAUGCAGUUGUUGAAACAAAUCCUUGUUGCCCCGCUUCCAAGGCAGCAGGAGCCGAUAGAAGGAGAUGCAGAGGAGGAAGAGGAGGAGGAGGAAGAGGAGGAGGAGUUGCAGGUGGCGCAGGUGUCAGAGAAAGAGUUUAACUUUCUGGACUACUUGAAACGCUUUGCAUGCUCAUCCAUUGUGCGAGCCUACAUGCUUCUGCUGCGGAGCUACCGGCAGAACAGCGCUCACACCAACCAUUGUGUUGCCAAGAUGCUGCACCGGCUGGCCCAUGACCUGGGAAUGGAAGCCCUGCUUUUCCAGCUGUCCUUGUUCUGCCUCUUUAAUAGGCUGCUGAGUGACCCGGCUGCUGGAGCCUACAAAGAGCUGGUGACUUUUGCCAAAUACAUCCUUGGCAAGUUCUUCGCAUUGGCUGCCGUCAACCAAAAAGCUUUUGUGGAGCUGCUGUUCUGGAAGAACACUGCCGUGGUUCGAGAGAUGACUCAGGGAUACGGCUCCCUCGACAGUGGGUCUUCCAGUCACAGAGCCACUGCGUGGAGCCCUGAGGAAGAGGCCCAGCUUCAGGAACUAUACCUCGCCCAUAAGGAUGUGGAAGGUCAGGAUGUAGUGGGAACCAUCCUCGCACACUUGAAAACUGUUCCUCGAACACGCAGGCAGGUCAUCCACCAUCUGGUGCGGAUGGGACUGGCCGACAGUGUCAAGGACUUCCAAAGGAAAGGGACCCAGAUUGUCUUGUGGACAGAGGAUCAGGAGCUGGAACUGCAGCGUCUCUUUGAGGAGUUCCAGGAUUCUGAUGAUGUUCUUGGUCAUAUCAUGAAGAAUAUCACAGCCAAACGUUCUCGGGCUCGAAUAGUAGACAAACUGCUGGCCCUGGGGUUGGUGUCUGAGCGGCGGCAACUGUACAAGAAACGGAGAAAGAAAGUGGCACCCUCUUGCACGCCAAAUGGAGGCGUGUCCCUGAAGGAUCCUUGGCAGGAAGAUACGGAAGAGGAAGAAGAACACUUGCCAGAGGAAGAGGAAGAGGAAGAGGAAGACUUGGAAGCAGAACCAGUGCAUAGUAGUUCAUUUCUCUCUGCUGGAAACCUUGGUCAGAGCCUCCAUCAGGAAGGCCUCUCUGCUCCCCUCCUGUGGCUCCAGAACUGCCUGGUUCGUGCGGCAGAUGAUCGGCAAGAGGGCGGCUGCUCCCAAGCCAUCCCUCUGGUGCCUCUGACGGAAGAAAAUGAGGACGCAAUGGAGAACGAACAGUUCCAGAAUCUUCUACGAAAGCUAGGGAUCCGGCCGCCCACCCCAGGGCAGGAGACCUUCUGGCGAAUCCCAGCCAAGUGGAGCUCCAUCCAGCUCCGGAGAGUGGCCGCUGCUUUGAGUCAACAAGAAGAGGAGGAAGAAAGGGAAGAGGAGCCAGAGCUCCAUCCAGGAGCUCCUGGAGAGCACCGUCCCGAUGAAGAGCACCGAGCUAAGGCCCUGAGAGCCCUCUUGUCAGCCCGUAAGAGGAAAGCAGGCCAGAUGUCUCCAGAAGUCACUUCAGAGGAAGAGACCACUGGGGAGAAAGAAUGGAAAAGAGUGUCUAAGAAGCGAGAACUGCUGGACAGUGAUGAAGAAGAGGAUGAGGGGAGAGGACAAGCAUCAGAGCUGGGAACUCCAGUAAUCCACAAGAAGAAACGGUUUCAAAUACAGGAUGAUGAUGAUGACUGAGAAGCCAGAUGCCUCGUGCUGGAGACAGGUGCCAGUAGAAGGCACAGCAGCUACUAUGCUUGCAUUGAACGAUCUUCCCUAUACCGACGGCCCAGGAGUCUUACGCAGCAGUGUUGGAUGGACUCCGCAGUCAGUCCUACCCCAGUUUCAUCAGUGUGUACCUCGAGUCUCUGGAGCCGUCUCUUAGGAAACGAGGAGUAAAUGAAACACACAGGGUAGCCUGCACUCCUCUCUGUGGCUGUCUGCAGGAGGCAAGUCUCAACCUCAGCAGGGAGCUUCCUAAGUACAUGGGGGUUCACAUCAUCUUUGGGAGACACUGGAGUUCCCUCAUCUUCUUUCCAGUGAUUGAUCCCUGGGCACAGAUUGACCCUGUUCCUGCAGUUGAGGUACUGUUGGGAUGCACUACUUUCAAGAUGACAAACCUUGAUUUGUGUUUCAUACUCAACGUAAAAUUAAAAGUUGCUGAUCUUGCCAGGUGGUGGUGGUGCACACCUUUAAUCCCAGCACUUGGGAGGCAGAGGCAGGCGAAUCUUUGUGAGUUCCAGGCCAGCCUGGGCUACAAAGCAAGUUCCAGGACAGGCUCCAAAGUUACACAGAAACCCUGUCUUGAAAAAACAAAAAAGUUGUUGAUACUGAUAUGUCUUGUGGCUCAGGCUUCACCAGCCAGCCAUCUAUUGUGCCUUUGGAAGAACUUUAAGAGUUAGAGUUGAAAUCAUUUCAGAUUACCACAAGGAGAGGGAAGGCGGGGGGGUAUGCCACCACACCGGGCUCAAUAAAUGUAAUUUUAAAAAGA